CCACCAAAAAAAUAUCCACUUCCGUCAAUGGGGAGAAGUUUUCAGCAACUUUUGGAAGGAAAACUUCAGUGAGUGCGGCGCAGGGCUGCGUGACCAGCUGACCCUCCCUGGACAGGGGGACGCGCUAUGGAGGAGGUCUGGCAGUACCAGUUCCGCAUUAUUUUGUUGGGUGACUCUACGGUGGGAAAGUCUUCCCUGCUGAAGCGCUUCACCGAUGGAACUUUCACCGAGGUUCAGGAUCCCACGGUGGGAGUGGACUUCUACGCUCGCCUCUUGGAAGUGGAGCCGGGCUGCCGGAUCAAACUUCAGCUGUGGGACACGGCUGGGCAAGAACGGUUCAGAUCGAUUACUCGGUCCUAUUACCGCAAUUCUGUUGGGGGUCUGCUGAUGUUCGACGUGACCAAUCGGAAGUCAUAUGAGAACAUCAGGGAAUGGCUGAAGGAAGUUGAUAACCACGUGUAUCCCAACAAGACCAUCUUUGUCCUGGUUGGCCACAAAAGUGACUUAACCCACGACCGGAAAGUAUCCCGUGAAGAGGCAGAGAAGUUGGCGGCCACACUGGGCCUGAAUUACCUUGAGACUUCGGCCAAAAGUAACAGCAAUGUGGAAGAGGCGUUCAUGAAAUUAACAGAAUGCAUUUAUGAAUCGAUGAAAGUGGGUGAGAUUGCACUGGAGGAUGGUUGGGACGGAGUCAAACGAGGAUUUAAUCCAAGGGCAUUGGAUCGAGCAAAGGAAGAAAAGCAAAGUGAUUGCAAUUGUUAGCUGGUUUCGGGUGUAUUUGAGUUAUUGCAACAAAAGUAAACCAGUCACUUGUAAUAGGUGUGACUGUAUCUUAUUCAGCACCCAGCCCAUUUAAUAAGCUGUAUAACAGGCUUCAAGUGAGUAAUCAUUGACCAUUUAACUAGCUGCCAUUGGGUGCUGAGCUCCAGUAAUUUGUUCGGAGAUAAUCGCUUCAGUAGUGAUUCAUACUACUUGCAUCCAAGUGUGUUGGAUCAGGUUUUGGUCAUCACAGUGUUUGCAUGUGAAGCUGCAUCAAGUUUAAUGGGAGCAGAUUGUUUCUCUACUCUUAAGUUACUAUGGCACUGAAGAAGUCCACCAGAAUUGGAUUUUUAAAUGUCUUACUUCUCUGGAUCUUGCAGGCUAACCAUUCCUAAGUUGAUAUAUUUUACAAUUUUGUGUAAUUGUGUUUAAUUCAUUCUCAGGACUGUUUCUCCUGUUGUUUUUCAGACUUGCAUUGCAAGUUGCUUUUUAUGAUCACAGUGUCUCUUUGUCAAAGGUAGAACAUUUAGCACACUGCAAUAGAUGAUCAAGUCUUUGUAAUAAGGCAUUACCAGUUAUUUUGAAGGAACAACUCCUUCAUGCACAAUAGCAAAGCAAGACUGGCGAUUCCUUUAAAUCAAGGGCGUAAGAGUAACAGCAGGGAUUUCUCUCCGAGGCUGGGGUUCCCUUGUGUCGGGACAGUGGGCAAGAAAAGUGGGCUGAAGUAUCUUUGAGAUGUUCUCUAACCAAAAGUAAAGCGCAUGAUAAAUGGUUCUGUGUUAAAUGAGUACUUUCAACAGGUGCCCUACCUUGCUGUAAAGCACAGGAAAUGAAAGCUGACAUAUUACUAAAUACUUUAAUCCUGUUCCAUUACUUGUCUUUCUGCCUUAUUGGUAUUGCACUUUUUGUAGGUCAGUCCUCAAUGUUUAAUGUUGCUACAACAUUUUUCAUGCUUUUGUUGUGGUUUGUAGUUCUAGCUAUGCCACUGAGCUCCUUGAAAUCAUUCCAAUAAAUCUGACCUGCCCCUCUCUGCGACCUUCAAGGGCACUUCCAAUUUCUCAUUCACUUUUUGGUUUAGAUAAUAUGAUCAGAUUUUUAACUAUUAGGAAGAAUUGAUGGGGUGGUUGGGAGAUGCUCCUGCUGGCUUUGUUUAUAGGACACGAGGGGUGUCUACAAAUUGGAGCCAGGUCUUUAGGAAUGAAAUGGGCCAAUGCUUCUACAAAAAAAAACUUGCUUCUUCCCACCCAGAAAGAGACCAUUCAGCCCCUCAAGUCUACACCAGCUCCCAGCAGAACAAUCCCAUCCCUCCUAAUCCCCCACUCUUAUUUGUGUAACCACACUCUAACAUUUCCGUCUUACAUUCCCUUUGGUUGUUUUGCUGCUUAUAGUAACGUGCAAGUUGCUCUCUUCAGCAAUAACAGUUGGCACCAGAUCGGCUGUGAAUUUUAAAUCUAAGAUUGACCGUGUCUUUUUUUUAACCAAAGGUAUCAAGGAAUACAGAAAAAAGGUAGUUAUUUUGACUUGGGCCAUGAUCACCCUUUAAACUCAUUGACUGGCCUGAAAUCCUCAAGGGGCUAUUCCUAUGUGGCACUUUUAUAAAUGACCAGAUUAAACAGAAGCUAUUUUUGACUUGCAGGUCAAAGAAUUCAUAUAAUCUAUUCUUAAACUUGGCAUAUUCUUAAACUAUGCCAAGUUUAAGAAUAGAUUAUAUGAAUUCUUUACAUACCUACAUAGUAUAUACAUCAAACUAUGCCAAGUUUGAUGUAUACACUAUGUAGGUAUGUACUGUAAUAGGUAAAUAAGGAUUGUAAUCAAUCAUCCAUCAAUUGACUUAAAAUGUAGAUCCAUUGCAGUCAGAUCUAUUAAUAGUUCUUCCAUUUUAAAAAUGCUUGAUCUGAUUCACAAUUUGUAGCAAUCCUAUUGGAAAGCAUAAAGGAAUUUUAGUGUCAGACUCCACUUUGCUAUUGCUCAAUGCUGGGCUCCAAAACAUAACUUGUCACCCUUGUAUUGAAAAUAAUUUAGAUCAGAAUGAUUCUUGUGUGAUGCCUUCCAAUUACAUGGGAUGGGAAACAGAAUGAUUAAUGCAUAGAAGCAAAAGUAUUUUUCUUUCAUUGUUAUCACUGCUUUUACCUUUUGAAAUGCAGCUUUUAAUCAAAUAGGCAAAAGGAGAAAGCUCUCAUUAUCUCACGUGGCACUUGCAAUCACUAGAGGCUGUAACUUAACCUCAGCUGCGGGAAUAAUGAGAAAAUAAUGGGCACCUAGCUCAGAUAGGCACCGUGGUCAGCAUGGACCAGUUGGGCCGAAGGGCCUGCUUCUGUGCAUGUAACUCUAUGACUCUAUAACUACUGAGAGCCCUGGUGUUCACAGGCCAGGUACCAUGUGUAUGUGCACCUGUAAGUGUUCGGCCCUAUAUUGAAACAACUGUUAACAUUCAGUGUUCUGUUAACAGCUGAUCAAUAGAAAAGUACAGAUUGUGCAGGGAGGAAUAACUCCCAGGGGUUUGGGAGAAUAAUCUAUUAAAGAAGUGCAGUGUACUGUCAUUGCUCACCUCUCUCCAUGAGGCAUAGGAGCAGAAUUAAGCCAUUCAGCCCAUCGAGUCUGUUCCGCCAUUCAAUCAUGGCUGAUUUAUUUUUCCCUCUCAACCCCAUUCUCCUGCCUUCUCCCCGUAACCUUUGAUGCCCUUACUAAUCAAGAACCUAUCAACCUCCGCUUUAAAUACACCCAGUGACUUGGCCUCCACAGCCGUCUGUGGCAACGAAUCCCACAGAUUCACCGCCCUCCGGCUAAAGAAAUUCCUCCUCAUCUCAGUUCUAAAGGGAGGUCCUUCUAUUCUGAGGCUGUGCCCUCCGGUCCUAGACCCUCCCACUACUGGAAACUCUCCACAACCUUCCUGCCGCAACAACUUUCAGGUUCAUGAACUACAUCUCCUGAGGACAAAGAACGAAGCAUUGCAGCGGCUGCUAAUCCUUCUCUGCCUCUCUACGACCCUCCUCUAUUACACUGUUCCAAUGAAGCUUGAGGAGCAGCACUUCACCUUCUGAGUGAAUGCAGUACAGCCUUCCAGUCUCAACAGUGAGCUCAACAAUCCUGCAUUUUAAGAUUUCUACUCUACAUUCCUUAGGAAAUUUCAGAUAUUUGUUUUGUUCUUACACAUUCUUCCCCUUCACAAUCUCCUUUCAUAUAUUAUCACCCUUUUUGCCAUUUAAUUCUUUCCAGAACCUUCCCUUCUCCUCCCACUCCCACUGCCAUUACACUGCCUAGUGCCCUACCAUUCAUAGUAUAAGUCCUACAUUGGCUUUACAAAAUGCAUCACCUCACACUUAUCAGUAUUGAGAUCCAUCUGCCACUCCUCGGCCCACUUCCCUAACUGAUCAAGAUCCCCCUGUAAUCUACAAUAACCUCCUUCACUAUCAACAAUGCCUAAUUUUGUGUCAACCGCAAACUUACUGAUCAAGCCUUGUGCAUUCGUAUCCAAAACAUUUAUAUAAAUAAUGAAUAACAAGGCUCCCAACACCAACCCCUGUGGCACACCACUGGUCAUUGACCUCUGUUCCGAGAAACAGCCUUCAAUACCACCCUCUGCUUCCUACCUCUGAGCCAAUUUUGAAUCCACUCAACUCACUCUCCCUGGAUUCCAUGGGACCCAACCUCCCAGACCAGCCUGCCAUGCGAGACCUUGUCGAAGGCCUUGCUAAAGUCCAAUAGACAACAUCUACUGCCUUGCCCUCAUCUACCCUUUUGGUGACUUAUUCAAAACAAAACUCUCAAAGAUUUGUCAAACACAACUUCCCUUGCCACGUACACAAACACAUGCAUAUUUUUCUGCAUCUUAAAUCUAUUUAUCUGUCAGCUUUUCAUUUCUGUUGAAAAAUCGUCAACUUAAAACGUCAGCUCUGUUCCUGUCUCCACAAAUGUUAUUGAAUUUGUUAACUAUUUUGACAGUUUUGUUUCUCAGGCUUGUUUUUGAACAAUUGACUAUUUGUUUUCUGCACAAUGAAAGAAUGAUAGAUUGUAAAAUUUAUUAAAAGUGGAUUAAUCUUACCCAGUGUUGUGCUUG